CCGGGAAGCGGCAGGCCAGGGAGCGGCAGGACUCCUGAGAGGUGCGGCUGGAGAAACGAGCAGGGCGGCAGCCGGAGGCACGGUGACAGUGACGGUGACGGAUGUUCGUGGCUCACGGGUCCGGGCUCUGUUUCCCUGUGAGAAGCCACUGCGGCCCACCGAGAUGUCCCGGCACCACAGCCGCUUUGAAAGAGAUUACCGGGUGGGCUGGGACCGCCGUGAGUGGAGCGUCAAUGGGACACACGGGACCACCAGCAUCUGCAGCGUCACCUCGGGGGCCGGUGGUGGCACAGCCAGCAGCCUCAGCGCCCGACCCGGCCUCCUGCCGCUGCCCGUGGUACCCUCCCGGCUGCCCACACCCGCCACGGCCCCUGCUCCCUGCACCACCGGCAGCAGUGAGGCCAUCACCAGCCUUGUGGCCAGCUCUGCCUCCGCGGUCACCACCAAGGCUCCUGGCAUCUCCAAAGCGGACAAUCAGUCCCAGGGACUCGCGACCAGCAUCCGGUGGGGGCAGACGCCCAUCAAUCAGUCCACACCCUGGGACACUGAUGAGCCACCCUCCAAACAGAUGAGGGAGAGCGACAAUCCAGGCACAGGGCCAUGGGUGACCACGGUGGCCGCCGGGAGCCAGCCCGCCCUGAUCGCACACUCCUAUGGAGUGGCCCAGCCUCCCACCUUCAGCCCGGCCGUGAACGUCCAGGCCCCGGUCAUUGGGGUGACCCCCUCACUGCCUCCCCACGUGGGGCCCCAGCUCCCGCUGAUGCCAGGCCACUACUCGCUCCCACAGCCGCCCUCUCAGCCACUGAGCAGCGUGGUGGUCAACAUGCCAGCCCAGGCCCUGUACGCCAGCCCUCAGCCCCUGGCUGUGUCCACACUGCCCGGUGUGGGGCAGGUGGCCCGCCCAGGACCCACCGCCGUGGGCAACGGCCACAUGGCAGGGCCCCUGCUGCCUCCACCACCGCCAGCCCAGCCGUCUGCCACUCUCCCCAGCGGUGCCCCUGCCACCAAUGGGCCCCCCACAACCGAUUCGGCCCACGGGCUGCAGAUGCUGCGGACCAUUGGCGUGGGGAAGUAUGAGUUCACCGACCCGGGGCACCCCAAAGAAAUGUUGAAGGAAUUGAACCAGCAGCGCAGAGCGAAAGCGUUUACAGACCUGAAAAUUGUUGUUGAAGGCAGAGAGUUUGAAGUCCACCAAAAUGUUCUAGCUUCCUGCAGCUUGUAUUUCAAGGACCUGAUUCAAAGGUCCGUGCAAGAUGGCGGCCAGAGCAGCCGGGAGAAGCUGGAGCUCGUGCUGUCCAACCUGCAGGCUGACGUCCUGGAACUACUCCUGGAGUUUGUCUACACAGGCUCCCUGGUCAUUGACUCAGCCAACGCCAAGACCCUGCUGGAGGCAGCCAGCAAGUUCCAGUUCCACACCUUCUGCAAAGUCUGUGUGUCCUUUCUCGAGAAGCAGCUGACCGCCAGCAACUGCCUGGGGGUGCUGGCCAUGGCCGAGGCCAUGCAGUGCAGCGAGCUCUACCACAUGGCCAAGGCCUUCGCACUGCAGAUCUUCCCCGAGGUGGCGGCCCAGGAGGAAAUCCUCAGCAUCUCCAAAGAUGACUUCAUCGCCUAUGUCUCCAACGACAGCCUCAACACCAAGGCCGAGGAGCUGGUAUACGAGACAGUCAUCAAGUGGAUCAAGAAGGACCCUGCGUCCCGCGCACAGUACGCGGCUGAGCUCCUGGCAGUCGUGCGCCUCCCCUUCAUCCACCCCAGCUACCUGCUCAACGUGGUUGACAAUGAGGAGCUGAUCAAGUCGUCAGAAGCAUGUCGGGACCUGGUCAACGAGGCCAAACGCUACCAUAUGCUGCCCCACGCCCGCCAGGAGAUGCAGACGCCCCGGACCCGGCCCCGCCUCUCAGCAGGUGUGGCUGAGGUCAUCGUUUUGGUUGGGGGCCGUCAGAUGGUGGGGAUGACCCAGCGCUCACUGGUGGCCGUCACCUGCUGGAACCCGCAGAACAACAAGUGGUACCCUUUGGCCUCGCUGCCUUUCUAUGACCGCGAGUUCUUCAGUGUAGUGAGCGCCGGGGACAACAUCUACCUCUCAGGUGGGAUGGAGUCGGGGGUGACGCUGGCUGAUGUCUGGUGCUACAUGUCCCUGCUCGACAACUGGAACCUCGUCUCCAGGAUGACAGUCCCCCGCUGUCGGCACAAUAGCCUCGUCUACGAUGGGAAGAUUUACACCCUCGGGGGACUUGGCGUGGCGGGCAACGUGGACCACGUGGAGAGGUAUGACACCAUCACUAACCAGUGGGAGGCAGUGGCCCCCCUGCCCAAGGCAGUGCACUCGGCUGCAGCCACAGUGUGCGGUGGCAAGAUCUACGUGUUUGGGGGCGUGAAUGAGGCAGGCCGAGCUGCAGGCGUCCUCCAGUCUUACGUCCCACAGACCAACACGUGGAGCUUCAUUGAGUCCCCAAUGAUUGACAACAAGUACGCUCCAGCUGUCACCCUCAAUGGCUUGGUUUUCAUCCUGGGCGGGGCUUAUGCCAGAGCUACCACCAUCUACGACCCUGAGAAAGGAAACAUUAAGGCGGGCCCAAACAUGAAUCACUCUCGCCAGUUCUGCAGUGCUGUGGUGCUCGAUGGCAAGAUUUAUGCAACUGGAGGCAUUGUUAGCAGUGAGGGGCCUGCCCUGGGCAACAUGGAAGCCUACGAGCCUGCAACCAACACAUGGACUCUCCUACCCCACAUGCCCUGCCCUGUGUUCAGACACGGCUGCGUCGUGAUAAAGAAAUAUAUUCAAAGUGGCUGA